AUGGACGCAAACCACAAAGCCGAGGACGCUGUCCCACCGCCUGUUACCGAUGAAGCUGAGCUAGAUGUCCUUCUAACAGAAGAGAGCGCAGUAGACCUUGUGUCUUGCGACGACCCUGACCCCCCGCUCGACACAGCUGAACAGCAAGGCCUUGUCCCAGACGAGGCCUCCCUCGAACCUCCCUCAACGGCUGAACCCGAAAACGCACGCCCCGCUAGACCUGUUCUCUGGCGACAGGUACCCGGCCGGGAAGUCCCUCCGCCUAGUCCAGCGCCAUUGCAUCUACCGCCGCCAGCUCCACCGACACCUUCAGUAGCCCUCCUCGAGGCCGGAUUAGCGAGCGAUUCACUCUCACUGUCGCAACUGCGCAGCCUGGUUGAUACUGUCCCUGCAACCGAACCGACCCCAUAUGCAUUCACGUACGACGAUGCUUCCUCGUUUGAAGAGGAGCUCGAGGAGUGGUUCUCCUACAGCGUAGAAGAACAAGCAAUUCUUCUCAAGACGUAUACUUCUUUCUCUGCGGUUUGGGAGACCAUAAUCGGUGGGAAGUAUGAAGAUGGAGGGAGUGAGUGGACAGCCUUGUCUCAGGAGCAACAGAAGGAAUUCAUGAAGGUCUUGCUGGAGGAUAGUAAGGACCAGGGAUUACCCACCAGGUUGGACACUAUCGAAGCGUUGGUGUAUGUGCUGCUAGGUUGCUGGCAUGAGAGUGCUGGCACCACACAGGGCCACAAACAGCAAGAUUCCGGGGGGCAGGAGGGUGCCGACAGAGGCGACACCCUACGCUUCUCGCGAUACAGCCAGGCCGGCGUCCAAGUUGAUUUGAUACGCAGGAACGUUCGGCUGUUCAUUGACUGUGGCGGACUCCGGAGCCUUGUCGAAGGAAUUCCCGAUUUACUGGCUCGGACUAUUGGAGAAGAGUCGCAAUCAGCGACGUGCCAGGAGAUCAAAGACGCGGGAAGACGUGAACUUUGGUGUGUGAUGACUGCACUUUAUGCAGUUCUCGAGGUCGCGCGCAUAGAAGAGAAAGAGAAGGGUGAUCUGUUCAUAAGGAACGACAUCAUUUCGCUACCCAAGCCCGGUCUCUUCAUGCUUUUGAUUGGCGUGAUCGACAAGAUGCGCUGGGACGAUUCAGUUGAUAUAUCCAUGACGAAGGUAUUUCUCCUCGCCUGGAAGACGAUUCUGGUGACCUUCGGCGGGCUUGUCGAAGUGGAGAAAGCAAAGCGAUCGUUUGCGGAUCAAAACCUCGAAGCUGCUGAUGCUCGAGGACAACCAAUCAUAACAGCCUCACCCCUUGACUACCAUCUUUUUCGUCAAGAAAUCAGUUCGAAAUAUCCAGCCUACAACCCUCCCCCGCCUCUUUUCCCCCUCGAACCGGAGAACCGCUCUAUCCUCCCUCCCCUCAAGAAUCACCCGAAUAGAGUUGCCGGAAACCAUGUGUUCGGUUCCGGACUGGGAGAACUGAACGAGAACAAUACUUCCAUCUUCCAGCAGCCUGUACAUAUUGCUACCCCGGCGCCAUCGCCUCCGCCAUCGCCCGCAGGCCCUGGCGGUAAAGGCGGCAAGAAGCAAAACUAUCAAACUAAUCAGAUGUUCCCAUUCUUGUACCCUCCGCUGGAUGAGGAGAGCAACAAGCUGGGCGGAAAAGGGUCAACUGACUUGCAGGAUCUGUUGGUUGGACGGAAAUGGGAAGGGUCCGACAUCCCCACUUCGAUCUUGGAAGCCGCCGAACUUUUUGCCAAGAGGAUGAGGGCGUCCCGCGCGAUGAAGCAGUUGUGGGAGGAAAGAGUGAAUUACAUGAAGUAUGAACGAGGCUGGACCGGUGGCGACGACGCGCCUGAUGUGGGCGAAUUGUCUCUGGAACCGAAAGCCGGCGAAGCACAGAAAGAGCGGCCUCAGCCAGGGAGUAUGGAGGAACGGCUGGAGUUGGUGGAGGAGUGCUAUGGACAGGCACUCCCUUAUCUGCAGUCUCUCGUCAUUGUCAUGAUGAGGGUCUUCUUGUAUCACGUCACCGCACUUCUAGUCCCGACAAGCAGUGCUAAUGCGUUACAAAGCGGCUACCAAUACCAGCCGAGCCAAGGUGGACAGUCUGGUAAUGGACCUCAGACGAAUGGGCUUAACGGCCAUGCAGGUGGCCUCAAUCCCAACGACGAGAUCACGGACAAGAUGCGGACCCAGGAGAUCCUCGACAAGGCAGUCUGCGGAAUGCUUUUGCUGCUCCUGAAAUGGUUCAAGAUUUCUCACGUGCUCAAGUUCGAGUAUCUUACUCAACUUCUUGUCGACACGAGCUACACGACCUUGAUAUUGAAGAUGCUGCAAAUGGUCGAGAUUGAGAAGGCUGUCGUUUCCCGGACCGAGCAAGAGGAGCUGAACUUCUUCCACUUCUGCCGCACCCACUCUCGCCACGGCAUAACAGACGAGCAACAACAGCCACUCCAAGCCGAUGAGCCCGACAUGGACGACGCGGUUCCCCCUCCCAUUCCCCUCCGACGCGCCGAGUCAGGCCCCGAACCCACGUCGCUUCCCGACCACGUUGCCCUCCCGCAGAACGUUCCCCCGCCCAUACCCGAAGUCGACGAACUGGGCAACCCGCUCUCGGACCUCCCCCAGGAACCCAUCACAGACUACUCCUGGCGCACCUUCUUCACCUACAUCAACGCGCUCCGCAUCAUGCAAAAGAUCAGCAAGCAUAAGGCGCACAGAAACCUCAUGCUGAUCAACUACAAGUCGUCGCAGUUUCUACGGAAAUGCCUCAAGGUGCCCCAGCCGUUGCUGAGACUGUACACGUUGAAGCUCUUCAAGAAUCAGGUACCGUACUGCGGCAAGAAAUGGCGGCAAUCCAACAUGCGCGUCAUCACGGCCGUGUACCUCCACUGCCGACCGGAACUGAGGGACGAUUGGCUUGCGGGCGCGAGCGUGGACCACGAGGUGGAUAUGGCGGUGCCGUUGGAGCAGGCGCUGCGGAGCCUGACGCAUUGGCACAAUGUCAUGCGGUACAAGGAGGUCAUGGGCGCGACGGGGGAGCUGGUGGAGAGGGAGAGGGACUUUUUCAGGAGGGAGCUAGACAAGAUGGAUUGGGGGGUCGGUGUGGAGGAAGGGGUGGAUGGUGAGGCGGAGGGGUGGGGGGAGGGGCAGGUGGACGGGUGGUAG